AUGUUAGAUCUCAUCGAGGUUGUUCUAAAUCAGAAUGGAUUUAUGAUGCAGCGGAUCGAUGGAAGCAAACCACUAUCUCAACGACGUGAUGCGUUGAAAGCCUUUCGUGACGACUCAGAUUGUCUCGUCAUGCUAGCAUCCAUUGAUGGUGCUGGUUGCGGGCUUGAUCUAACAGCAGCAAAUCGUGUACACCUCAUGGAACCGCACUGGAAUCCUAUGGCAGAGGAACAAGCUCUCGAUAGGGUCUACAGACUGGGGCAAACUCGUGAAGUGCUAGCAACCCGCUAUAUUGUGAAAGAUCCGAUUGAGGAGAUUCAGAAAAACAAAGUGGAUAUGAUCAGCCGGGCGUUUGGCGAAACUGGGCUGAGUCAACACCAGAUUGAGCAGGAACGCGUGGAGGUCAGUAGCAGACAUAAUUUCACGCUUGUCACAUCAAUCCUCUAA